AUGGAUGGUAAUGACCUAACAGCACCCAAUUUCGGAGUGUCGGAGAAAGAUCAAACGGAUCGAGCUUCCACAAGUCUUGAAUGUGACAGUUCUCAGUCUUCUCAGCAAACAUCUAAUGUUGCUGAAAACUUCACAGGCACACAGCCUUCAAGCGAUGACGUCAAUGAUAUUAACGAAAUUGAGAAGACUUCGGUCGACUUCGCUAUCGAGUCGGUGCUCAAACAAACUAGAGAGUACAAUUCUCAGCGAAAAGUACAUGUGUUCGAGGACGAUAUAAAGUUUCGACCAUUCGAUCAUCCCAUCAAUACGAGUUCGAUUAAUGAAAAGCCAUCCAAUACUCCAGAACAGCUUAAAGCAUCUGAUGUCGUGAAGACUGAAAUAUUAGCUGAGAAACAAGAAAUAAAAGAAGAAGAACGCGAGGGAUCUUCUGAUGCUGACCUAUCGGAUGACAGUAAAGAUAGAUGUCAAGGCUGUGGUGCAUCGGGAAACGAAAAAGAAGAAGCUUUGAAGCUCGAAAGAAAAAAAGAGAAGCCAAUGAGUAAAAAGAAGUCCCACCUCGCCCCGGGACCUGAUUCUGAAUGGAUUAGGUGCGAUAGUUGCGAUGGAUGGUAUCACUUUGGCUGUUCUGGCUUGGAACAAUUCGAGUAUCAUUUGUACGAAACGUUUUUCUGUAAUAAAUGUUUACCAGCAGUCGGCCCCUGCAAGAUGUUCGAAGCAGUUGCACCGCAUCGUUUGCGAUGGUUUGAUAAGCAUCAAAUUGACAAACCAACAGAAGUCGGUUCUCGAACUUGGAUUCAGGAUUUUACUACUUGGGAGCACAAUUUUCCUCUUCCAAACGAAGAUGAAGCUUGUGUUGUUGAAAACGGGUUCGAAUUUCAUAAAAAAUUCUACGAGCAUGGUGGACCUCAAAAAUGGGACAAAGUCUAUCUUGUCAAAAACCCAGAUGGAUUGAAGAUGACAAUGCCACCGCAUGGAUUUGAUAUUGAGGAAGUCGUUGAUUUGAUGUCUCCAGAACAUGAAGUGGAUACAAUUGACGUCUACAAUCAGAGCACUUAUUCCAUGAAGUUAUCCACCUUUCUCAAGAAGUACCGUGAUCCCUCACCUAGAAACCUUUUGUACAAUUUUCUCUCGUUGGAGUUUUCCGACAACCAAGCAUUCAAAGAAUUGGCGAAACCUCCUCAAUUCGUGCAGGAAAUCUCUUUGGUCAACAAGCUUUGGCCUGAUCCAUCAUCUGAAGCAUAUGCAGACCUUCUCCAUAAAGAAUUGUAUUUGCCAGAAGAUUCUAGACCGAAAGUGGAACAAUUCUGUCUUUCUGGGAUGGCUGGUUCCUACACAGAUUUCCAUAUCGAUUUCGGCGGAAGCAGUGUGUAUUAUCACAUUUUCAAAGGUAAAAAAAUUUUCUAUAUUGCUCGACCAUCGAAAAGUAAUCUCGCUGCAUACCAAAAACAUGAAACCUCUCGCUCCAACUCUGAGUGGCUUGGUCAUAAAAUCAAAGACGAAGUCAAGAGAGUUGAAAUCAAUGAAGGAGAAACACUUCUGAUUCCUGCCGGAUGGAUCCAUGCGGUUUACACUCCAGAAGAUUCUCUUGUUUUUGGAGGAAAUUUUUUGCACCUUGGAAAUGUUGAGAUGCAAAUGCGAGUCUAUCGUCUCGAGAACGCCGUCCGCAAAUCAUUGAACACUCCUUCAAAGUUCUACUUCCCAAACUUCGACUAUCUCCAUUGGAUGUACAUGAAAAAUGUGAUUACUCCGAAACUCAGAGAAAUGACAGAAGAAGGGACGGACAUGAGUGAAGAAGAUCCUAAUUUGUGGAAAGGUGCGAAGUUCAUUUACGAAACAUUGGAAGAGUGGCUGCGCAGAGACUUAGCGGACAUUGCGACGAGAGAAGCAAGAAAAAACGAAGUUGGAUGGGUAGAAGCAGAAGCAGAAGCAUGGAAUGACCGAUCCGACGCAGAUCUUACUUUUGAAGAGAAAAAAAGAAUUUUCAAGACUGUCCAAAAACUAAUACUCGAUCAAGAAAAAAUGCAUAACAGAAAGAUUGGACUCUCGAUUCCCAAAAAACAUAAGCGCAAAAGUCACGAUGGACCUGAUGACGAUGAUGAUUACACACCAACAAAAAUGAAGAAAUAUUCGAAACAGACGAAGAAAGGAAGUGGCGAAGCCAUCCCGAAAGUGAAGAAGAUAAAAACUGAUGAUGUUGUCGAUGAAAUCGCCAUAAAUGCUUCUUCAAGCAUUCCGAGUGGAUCUAUGAAGCUGAAAAUCAUCAUAGGACCAACAGAAGAUCAGAAAAACGUAGUCCACAUGUUCAACAACCAGCAUUCAUCUUCCGGAAGAAAAGUCAAGCUCAACCAGUCCGUGGCCGAGUAUUGUGGGUCUCACCUUGAUACCCGUGGCGAAGAAACUCCAAAUAAGUCGACGAAGACUUUCGAGGAAUGUAAUAACGAGUUGGAAAGAUGCGAAGCAGUGUAUUCCGGAGAGAAGAUCAAGAAAGUGAAGCUCCCGAAAAAACCCAAAGAGCCAAAGGAGAAGAAGGAGAGACCAGCCAAGAAGGAGUCAACAUCAAGAGAUCGUCUUAAAAAGAUGCUCAAAAUGUAA